CUUGGUGUGAGAAGAUAAUGGGGCAAAGGCAAACCACGGUGGCCCAACGGGAAGAGAGCCACAGUGUGUGAGGAGGAAGAACUGACAAGUCAACCGAAUGAGAGGGAACAUCCCCAUAAUCUUGGUUGGGGACAGUCAGGAUAAUGGCCGGAAAAGUAAAAUGGGUAACUGACAUAGAGAAAUCCGUGCUAAUAAACAACUUUGAAAAGAGAGGCUGGAUCCAGGUGUCAGAACAUGAGGACUGGAACUUCUACUGGAUGAGUGUGCAAACUAUUCGAAAUGUUUUCAGUGUGGAAACUGGUUACCGCCUUUCUGAUGACCAGAUUGUCAACCAUUUCCCAAAUCACUAUGAGCUCACCCGAAAAGACCUGAUGGUAAAAAAUAUCAAGAGGUACAGGAAAGAAUUGGAAAAAGAAAGUAGUCCUCUUGCAGAGAAAGAUGAAAAUGGGAAAUACCUUUACUUAGACUUUGUGCCUGUCACCUUCAUGCUUCCAGCCGAUUACAACUUAUUUGUUGAAGAAUUCCGGAAAAACCCUUCCAGUACAUGGAUCAUGAAGCCCUGUGGAAAAGCUCAAGGAAAAGGAAUAUUCCUUAUCAAUAAACUUUCACAAAUUAAAAAGUGGUCACGAGACAGCAAAACAUCCUCGUUUGUAUCUCAGUCCUCCAAAGAAGCGUACGUGAUUUCCCUCUAUAUCAAUAAUCCACUGCUGAUUGGUGGGAAGAAAUUUGAUCUGCGCCUGUAUGUAUUGGUGUCAACUUAUCGUCCUCUGAGGUGUUACAUGUAUAAACUUGGGUUUUGUCGGUUUUGUACAGUAAAAUAUACACCAAGUACAAGUGAAUUAGACAACAUGUUUGUGCAUCUUACAAAUGUUGCCAUUCAGAAGCAUGGGGAUGAUUACAAUCACAUUCAUGGUGGCAAAUGGACAGUGAGUAAUCUUCGCUUAUAUCUAGAAAGCACUCGUGGAAAAGAAGUCACCAACAAAUUGUUUGAUGAAAUUCACUGGAUAAUUGUGCAGUCAUUGAAGGCUGUUGCACCUGUAAUGAACAAUGAUAAACACUGCUUUGAAUGCUAUGGAUAUGACAUCAUCAUUGAUGAUAAGCUUAAACCAUGGCUCAUUGAGGUCAAUGCUUCGCCAUCUCUUACUUCUAGUACUGCAAAUGACCGUAUACUCAAAUACAAUCUUAUUAACGACACACUUAACAUUGCUGUGCCUAAUGGGGAAAUUCCUGAUUGUAAAUGGAAUAAAUCACCCCCAAAGGAAGCCCUUGGAAAUUAUGAAAUCUUAUAUGAUGAAGAGAUGGCACAAAGUGAAGUGCCAGAUCGUGAUUCGCGAAGUCGCUCUGGGCAACCCAUUGGGUUUAAAGGAUACCGAGCCAGAGACUCUGGAAAAUCUGGACCCGUUACAUGGAAGUAGCUGCAGGAUGAACUGAAGGCUGCUGCUUCCUGAAAUUCAGGGCUGUGGUCUCAGUGGGAAGUUCUAAUGAAAUGAGCAUUCAGAGUAUGAAUCCCUUUUACUAAAUGCAAUUACAGAGGAAGGCAAUGUUGUUCAAAGGGCACAAAAUAUUAAAUUGGUACAGAAUUGACUUCGUGGUGUGUGUGUGCACGCGUGUGUGCUCGCCUUUUUACUGCAAAAUUGUUGUGCUUCAUGUUGUAUCAGAUAGUUGUAAUAUAUAUUGUUUAAUCCCACUGGUAUUAACGCAUACAUUUAAAAAACAUAACUUGUUCCUAAGCCAUAUUAAUUUAUAUGAGCAAGUGAUUUCUUUCUCUCAUGUUGCUUCCAGUGCAUCAAGAACAUGUAUUCUGAGAGAACUGUUCUGUAGAGCAGAAACCCUGUAUUUCCCUGCAUUUGUUUGAUGUCUGCUUUUGUUCAGCACUUAUUUAUUGUGUUUUGUUAAGUUGAUUAUAUUUAACUUAAUAACUUUUGUUGUUUAAGAUUGCCUUGAGUUUUUCUUUUGAAGGAAAGGCAGGACAUAAAAAUUUGAAAUAAAGCUGCCUUUCUGAUUUCCAAAUACUUUACUGGAAUUUUAAAUAUGUACUAUUAAAGCUAUAUACAUAUUACUGUUGCAAAAGACUGACAAUAAAAAUAGUGAGACUUCA